AUGGAUUUCCUUACACGUGGAUACACUGCACUACGAGGUGAAAAAGGACAACCGCAAUCGGUGGAUGACACGGUCGAAAAGCUGGCGGAUUGCCUAGAAACGGCCACUCUUUUGGAAGACAGGCGUGCUGCUGUUCUUAGUCUCAAGGGUCUUGUUCGCGACUACCCAGCGAUUGUCGGCUCGAAAUGCUUUGCACCUCUCAUCAAGACACUACACAACGACUUUCGGGAUGGCGACAUUGUGAAAUCGAUCCUCGAGACUAUCAAUAUCUUAUGCACAGUGCAAUACCAAGGCUCGCAUGAUGAUCAAGGUUAUCAUUACACCGACAUGUUUAUCAAGGAUGCCACCAAUGUCUCCAUUGUACUCGAUGUUUUGGAAGAAUUCGACUUUUACGUACGAUACACAGCUCUCAAACUACUUGCGACUCUUUCAGCAAAUCGCAAUGCCGGCGUACAACAAUGUGUCCUUACGAGCCCCAUGGGUAUUGCACGCCUUGUUGAUCUCCUAAGUGAUAAACGUGACAUUAUUCGCAAUGAGAGCUUGUUACUGCUGAUCACGUUGACGCAAAACAACACCGAGAUCCAAAAGCUGGUGGCAUUCCAGGCGACAUUUGAAAAGCUGUUGGCAGUGAUUGAAGAUGAGGAAGGCAUAUCGGGAGGCAUUAUCGUUCAAGACAGCUUAACAUUGAUGCACCAUUUGUUACGUUACAAUGUCUCGAAUCAGGUGUACUUUCGAGAAACAAGCUGCAUUCAAGCAAUUCCAGGUCUACUUGGCUAUGUUGGCGAUAGUGAAGCGGAUCAUGUUCCUUUUUCAUAUGAAGAUUGGCCACCACAAAAAGUUGCAAAUACCGUCUUGGUGCUCGAAUUAUGCCGUAUUCUCUCUGAGCCUGAUGGUGUCAAUACUGCUGUCAACCAAAAGAUUAUGGCACAAUGCAAUACCCUUCUUCCCAUUGUCCAGCUUGGUAUAUGCUCCAAUGCACCUUCCAUUGUCCGCACGGAGGCACUUUAUGCUAUCGCUUUCCUUGUUCGUGGCAACAAUGCUAAUCAAGACUUGCUCGCACAAACGGUGGUUGCCAGCCCACUCAAAUUGACACCUGAGGGUGAAGUCGAUUCAUCGGCACCUCCAGGUUUACCACGUCCAGCCAUGGUGUCAUUGAUUGCUACCGCUGUCGACAGCGACCCUAGUGUCCAAUACAGCUACGCUAGCAGAGCUGCUGCCGCUUACACUGUUAUCGCUGCUAUUGAAGAUCAUCCUGAAGCACAAAUGGUACUCGCAUCCACACUAAAGACACCACCAGAGGAUAAUGCCAAUGCCCAAUAUGAAGAUAAACCAUUCUCGGCUGGAUCAUUGUUGUUGGAUUAUAUUCAGAAUUGGGAAUUAUCAUCUUCCGAUCCCUACAAGGUGUGGUUUGCUUCGGUCAUUCUAUCCCACGUGAUUCGAGAAAAUGAUGCAGCCAAGCGUAUUGCCGGUGACAUUGUUUUUGGAGAGGAAGCAAAUGGUGAAGAGCCAGUGCCUUUAUUGCAUCAUAUCAUGGCCCAAAUGUUGAUGGCUAUCCGCAAUGCGUCGACCAAUGCCAGGAUCCCUAUCGCGUAUCUAUGUUUAAUGUGCACAUGGCUAUACAAUAGUCCAUCCUCUGUCAGCCUUUUCCUUUCCGAAAGUACCCAUAUUCAAUUUUUAAUACAAGAAGCCCAAUCAUCCGCCAAUGAUCCCAUUGUUCAAGGCCUAGCAGCAUUCCUACUUGGAAUUUCAUAUGAGUUCAAUGAUGACCCACAGACGCCCUUGAGCCGAGAAAAGAUGCAGACGAUCCUUUCAAGUCGCAUUGAUUUGUUUACAAGUGCUUUGGCUCGAUUGCGAGACAGCCCUGCUAUCAAGAACGCACCCCAAUACCUCCAGAUAUCCGCUGAAGAUGAAUCCAUCUCUGCAAACACAAGCUCGUUACCUUUGCUCUUGUUGGAUAGCACAUUUGUUGACUUUUUCAAGGAUGCAUAUGAGCCUGUACAAAGAUCGCUGAAAAAGAAGCCAUCUAGUUUUGGUCCGCAAAGAGAUACAGCAACGCCGGUGGGAGAAACAUCAUCCACGAUCAACAAGCAAGCUGAUGAGAUCAAGCAACUCACCACUGAAAAGACACAACAUUUGGAAAAGAUCAACAGCUUGGAAAGCAAGGUUGCCGAGUUAGAAAAGGCACUCGAAGCUAUGCGUCUUGAAAAUGACAAUUUACGUGGCCAAGUGAGUGGACUGGAAAAGUCACGUGGUGAAUUGGAGCAAUCCCUUGCCUCUAUCAAAGAAGAACAAGAAGACUUGCUGGUUUGCAUGGGUGAGCAAACCAUGGAGAUGAAGAAGUACAAGACUAGGCUGCGGCAAUUAGAUCAACAAGUGACAGAUAGUGAGGAGGAGGAAGAAGAAGCAUGA